CCCCGGGCCGCCGCCUGUGUCCUGUGAACAUCGUCCCGUUUCCUGUUUGAAGCCUCUGAGAGUUGGUUAUCGCUGACACAAUGGCGGACCUGAGUCUCGCCGCUAAAGACAAGUACCUACAGCGUCUGGGAAGCAAAGUGUGCGCCGCUCAGCGCCAGGAGCCACACCAGCGAAAACUUGUUUCCAGAAAGAUGGGCACUGAGGAGAGUCAUCAACUUAAAAAGAAAAAAAGAAAGAAGCAGCCUCUGAAGGAACAGAGAGGUUUUCAGGCAGUGAGAGUCGAUCUGUCUAAACCUGCUCAGGUGGGAAUAAAAGAAAAUCAAAAUUUCAGAGUUAGCAAAACAGAAUUGGGCUCCUUCUCAGCGGUAAAUCUUCUUCGCCAGAGAUUGCAUGACAAAAUUGAAGAAUCCCGUGGACAGGUCAACCAGAGAGGCUUGUCAUCUGAAGAAUUAAAGAAGUUACGUCUGCGUAGAAAACAGGAACGGGAAAGAAAAAAACGAAAACGAAAAGAAUUGCGGAUAAAGAAAGAACAGGAGACAUUGCCUCAGGAAGAGUGUGUGGCAUCAGACACUCAAAAAGGAGAGACAACGCAGGAGUGCAGGAAAGUGGAGGAGCAAAUAAUCUUCAAUAAAAUUGAAGUAUCAUCUCAAGUAGUCAAUAAUAAAAUACUGAAGAAAAAAGAGAAAAAAGGAAAGAUUAAAGGUGGUGUCACACCCUUGACUGGUAAAAACUACAAACAGCUGUUGUCCAGGCUAGAAGCUCGGAAGAGUAAGAUAGAAGAACUGAAGAGCAAAGAUGAAGAUAAAGCAAAGGAAAUUGAGACAAAAAUGAAAUGGACUAAUGCUCUUUACAGAGCUGAGGGUGUGAAGAUCAAAGACAAUGAAGAAAUGUUGAAAAUCGCAUUAAAAAGAAAGGAGAAGCUGAAGGCCCAGCGCCAGAAGAAUUGGGAGAAACGAACUGAGCAAGUGGUGGAGAAGAUGCAACAUCGUCAGAACAAGAGGCAGAGAAACCUAAAGAAAAAGAAACUGGCCAAGAUAGAGAGGAAAAAGGAUAAGGCGAGAAAGAAGGGCCGUGUUCUGCCAGAAGACAUCAAAAAAGCACAACUUUAAAAACAAUUUCAUGUUUUCAAAAAUAAAUGCUCCUUCCCCCUCAAAAUAAAUUCACCGGUCUUUUAUCAUAA